AUGUCAACAUUCCACAACAAUAAGCUGGCUCUGAGUUCCCAGCAUAACAGACCCACGCCACUGAACUUAGGCGCGAACAAUGACAGCCACAGCAGGAAGCGGAAGCUGCUACGAUCCUUUAGGAGCUCGAGGAACGAUACGUGCCCAGACUGCAAGGAGAAGGGAAUAGUCAUAUGUGAUAAUAGUGAGGGGACACAAAUAUGUAACGGCUGUGGACUGGUGUUGGAGAGUCGCAUACUCUCGGAGGAACAAGAGUGGAGAAAUUUUAACAGCGAUGGACAAAUGAAGUCAAAUGAUCGUAAUAGGGUAGGAGAGGUGAGUGACAUAUGGUUUGAAAAUAAUUUAACAAGCACGACUUUUAUUAAGUCAAGCAAGAAGCUACAACACCUGAACAUGAUGACCCAGAUUAAUAAAAGUGACCAGACGUUGCUGGCCGCCUUCAACAUACUGAAAUUGAUAUGCGAAACGUUCUUCCUGCGUAGUAAUGUGAUUGAGCGGGCGAAGGAGAUAACGAAGGAACUUCAGGACAUGGAACAGCUGAAGAACCGCAUAAACAAUUUGAACAUGCUAGCAGUGGUUUACUUGGCAUGUAGAGAAGCGGGACACAUAAAGAGCAUAAAGGAGCUGAUCACGUUUGACAGAUCAUUCAAAGAAAAGGAUCUAGGAAAGACAAUAAAUAAAUUAAAAAAGAUUUUACCUUCAAGAGCUUUUGUUUAUAAUGAAAAUAUUUCUCACUUAAUAUUUACAUUAUCGAAUCGGCUACAAUUAUCCAUUGAUGUGAUUGAGUCCAUUGAAUAUGUGGUGAAGAAAGCUACAACGUUAAUUACAACGUCACAUCGGUUGAACUCUCUUUGUGGUGGAUCCAUUCACCUCAUUGUUGAGCUAAACACAAGUGAUGAGAAAAAUUUGAAACUCCCGAACCUUGCGCAAAUUGCUGCUGUGUGUGGAGUUACCACGAAUACGUUGAAGACAACGUUUAAGGAAUUGUUGAGCGCUGCUGAUUAUAUUUUGCCUGCGUACUACUUGGUGGACAAGAGCUCCAAGCUGGCUACCCUUCGGCAAAAGUACCUGAGCGACGACCGGCGCAGGAAGAAAUAA